CACAGCACAGAAACCAAACAACUCGCCCCGUGAAACGCCCGUGAAUGCGGGCGGUUGCGACGGUGCCUAUCAGGCCCGUGUGUAUUCGUAGCCGCGUCCGUAAAUACGCGGUCGAUCAUCCGCUUUGCUGAUUUUACAACCGGCUAGUGGACAGCUUUGCGAGUGCAAAUCACGGCGGUGCUUUUCGAGCGGGCAGCGUAUCCGAAACGAGCCUGACAGUUGCCGAAAGAAGAGGGUGUAUCCGACGACGGGCCGUCUACCGUACCACUGAUCGGAUCGCAACCUGCAGCAUGUAAUCCCGUAUCGUCGGGUCGUCGGCUUGCGCUGCGCAGUUCGGAACUCGCCUGUACUCGGAGAAAUGAAGGGAAGAGUGGCAGAGUUGUCGCGAUGAACUCUGUUCCGUGUCCAGGAUGAGUUUGAAGGCAUUCGACCUGGUUCCGCUUAGCGAACGUGUAUCGACUGGUGCGGCGACAACCGAGAUCACGUGUCUAGAAUGCAGUGGACGGACACUGUAUGUUGGGACAGCAGACGGCUUCCUCAUCCAGUACGACUUGGAGGACCACAGCUGGUGCGACGGGCGUCGUACCAUCGCUGCCCGCAAGGCGAGGCAGAAGUUCAUCGGCACGAAAAAGCCUGUACGAACGCUGAAGGCAAUGUCGGCGCUGGAGAGACUGCUGUGCCUGAGCGACGGGAACUUCAUGUGCCUUAACACGGCUGACCUCGACAUCCUUGCCCCACUGUCGAAGUUGAAAGGCAUCUCUGCAUUCUGCAUCAACGAAAACCCCACACGUCACGACCCAUUCUCCAUUCAGGUGUGUGCUGCCAAGAGAAAACAGCUGCAGCUCUAUGCUGUCACUGAGAACAAGGUGGCUCACCAGAGCGACAUCUCCCUGUCCGAGCACCCCCUAGCCUUGGCUAUGGACGGAGACUACAUUUGCGUUGCCACGGCAACUCAGUACCUGGUUGCCUGCUGCAGCACUGGCCAUGUUCAAAACCUGGUGCCGUACGAUAGUGAGCUAACCGUGCCGUUCGUCAAGAGAAUCGCCAAGGGCGAGUUUCUGCUCAACGGCCCCAGUGACUUGGGCAUCUUUGCAACGAGCUCGGGUGUGUCGCAGCGACCUCCUCUGCCCUGGAGCACGAGCGUUUCUGCAGUGGCCUACGCCCACCCGUACAUCGUCUGCCUUUCCGAAGACUACGUCACAGUGUACAGCAUUUUCGACCAGCAGCCCAAGCAGCGGGUCCCCUUUAUCAAUGGCACCUUCCUGGACAACUUUGAGGGCAAGCUGCUUCUGGCUGGACGAGACACACUCUUCGUGCUGCAGCCAGUGCCAUGGGAGGCACAGGUGCAAGCACUUUUGGCGGACGAGAAAGUGGCGGAAGCACUGGAACUGGCGAGGCACUCGAACAAGACAGGACUGUCACACGAACAAAACAAAGAGGUGUUGCAGAGGAUACAACUGCAGGCGGGUUUCAUCGAGUUCUCUAACUUACAAUUCGCUGAAGCAGAAGAGCUUUUCCAGGAGGGGGGCCUGGACGUCAGAGAACUGAUCAGCCUCUACCCGGAGCUGCUGCCUGCUUCAUCGGCUUUCGAGAGGGCGUUGCCCAAGUUGCACGACAUCGAUGAUGUUGUGCAGAUGUGCGAAGGUGAUAAGGACAAAGUGGCCAAGUGUCACCAUUUCCUGGCUUCCUACUUAGAGACUUCGAGGCAACUGUUUUCCGACUCCAGAAUGGAGGUGAACAGUGCCCUGUUGAAAGUCUACGCGCUGUCUGGGGACGACGACAAGCUGCUGAGGUUCCUGCAGAGCAAUGGAGGCAUCUGCUGCGACCUGGCCGACUGUGCGCAGUUCCUCAAGCGUCACGGGCGCCCGCACGCUGCCGCGCUCCUCUACCAUGCGCACCGAGAGCACGAGAGCAGCCUGCGUCUGUGGGCGAGCAUUCUGUCCGGGGAACUGCAAGACGAAACGUUCCCGGGGCUUCAAUAUUACGUUGACUACCUCUCUAGACUAAGCAACCACAAGCUGCUAUGGUCGUUUGCGGAGCUGGCUCUGGAAAAGGACCAAGAAAUGGGAGUCAAGAUAUUCACGGAUAGGCCAUCCGACGAACCCGACUCGGACGAGCUGAAGCCUGAGAACGUGCUGGAGUACCUGCACCGUUUCCACGACGCCGUUGUCCUCUACCUCGAGCAUCUCGUCUUUGGAAAGAAGCUUGAGGUUGGUGCCAAGCUGGACUUGCUAGUUUAG